UAAGAGGCAAAGGCACUUGUCAUCCUAACUAUGUAUAUAAACACACAACACCAACCUUUCUCCCACAUAUCUUAUUCUAAUUCCAAAGCAAAGAAAUCAAAGCUUCUUCUUUUUUCAAAUACAUUCCAAUUAUAUUCCCCACUACGUCUUGUCUAAAAUUUGCUCCUUGCUUUAGCCUUAAUUAGUGCUUUAGAAUUUUCCUUUCAAAAGACAAUCAUCAUGGGGCUAAGAGACAUUGGAGCAACACUCCCUCCUGGUUUUAGGUUUUAUCCUAGUGAUGAAGAGCUCGUUUGCCAUUACCUCUACAAAAAGAUCACAAAUGAAGAAGUCUUGAAGGGUACUUUGGUGGAAGUUGACUUGCAUACUUGUGAGCCAUGGCAACUUCCUGAGGUGGCUAAGCUCAAUGCAACUGAGUGGUAUUUCUUCAGUUUCCGGGAUCGAAAAUACGCCACCGGAUUCAGAACCAAUCGUGCUACAACAACUGGAUACUGGAAAGCUACAGGGAAGGAUCGUACGGUUUUGGACCCUACAACUCGUGAGGUUGUAGGGAUGAGAAAGACCUUGGUUUUCUAUAGGAACAGAGCUCCCAAUGGAAUCAAAACUGGUUGGAUCAUGCAUGAGUUUCGUCUUGAGACCCCACAUAUGCACCCCAAGGAGGACUGGGUGUUGUGCAGAGUAUUCCACAAAUGCAAAACAGAAGAUUACAACGCAAAAUUCAGCCCACAGUUCAUGUUCGAGACCACCACUAGUAGCGGCACUGUAAACUUAGCAGCAUCACCUUUAACUGAGCAUCAAACUUUGUCUUGUGGGUACCAGCAAAUGACAUCAUUAUCAUCAAACCCACCCCAUCAAAACCAAGACCAAAGCUCUUUGCUAAACCUUCUUCAGCUAUCUCAGGACAGGAACGCCAACCUCAAUAUUAGCACUGACAUCAGCUCCAAAGUGGUUGAUGAUCAGUAUGCCUUCUUGUGGGAUGACAUGGACUUGGAAGAAACUAGCUUGGGAGAUGGGGCUCUGGCUUCAAAUCUGGAAGACAUGAGAUUCGAGAUUGAUCAUAACAGCGUGGUCUUCAUAUGAAAAUAUUACUAUUAUUUAUAUAAAUCUACUUAAGAAAUUAAGGAUGUCAACCAUUUGUUGAUUAAUGAUGUACGUAUUUGUUGUGUUUGGAUUAUUUGAGGGACACCUCAAUGUUUGAUUGGAUCAAACGUUAGCUAGGCAGAUUGUGCAAGUAUACCGUUAGGGUUUAUUUAUUUUUUGCAUACAGUGUCUUUGGCAUCUUGUACAAAUUAUAGUGUAUGUUAAUAAUAUUCUUUAAUUGGUAGCAUCGGGCCAGAUUAA